GAGACUGGCAAAAAUGUGCCGACUAAACGUGCUGGGGAUCUAUUUGUGGGAAACGAUAGUGUUUUUCAGCUUGGCAGCGUCGAAAGAAGCUGCUGCGAGAAAAGCCGCGUCUCCGAUGCCGCCCUCCGAGUUCCUGGACAAACUCAUGGGCAAAGUGUCGGGUUACGACGCCAGAAUCCGACCAAAUUUUAAAGUGUGGAACAAAGACCCCAAAGGCUCCAAAAAUGAAGCUACUCACAAGAAAGGUCCGCCCGUUAACGUAACCUGCAACAUUUUUAUCAACAGUUUUGGGUCCAUCGCUGAAACAACAAUGGACUACAGAGUGAACAUCUUCCUGAGGCAGCAGUGGAACGACCCCCGGCUGGCGUACAGCGAGUACCCCGACGACUCGCUGGACCUCGACCCCUCCAUGUUGGACUCCAUCUGGAAACCUGAUUUGUUCUUUGCCAACGAGAAGGGGGCCAACUUCCACGAGGUCACCACCGACAACAAGCUGCUGCGCAUCUCGAAAAACGGCAACGUGCUCUACAGCAUACGAAUAACACUGAUCUUGGCCUGUCCCAUGGAUUUGAAGAACUUCCCUAUGGACGUCCAGACGUGCAUCAUGCAGCUGGAGAGCUUCGGCUACACCAUGAACGACCUCAUAUUCGAGUGGGAUGAGAAGGGAGCCGUGCAGGUGGCCGACGGGCUGACGCUACCUCAGUUCAUACUCAAAGAGGAGAAGGACCUGCGCUACUGCACCAAGCACUACAACACAGUGUCAUGA